AUGUCAUCAUCUCCGCCUCUUGUGGCUUGUUGGCUCGAUCAAAAUAUUGGUGAAGCUAAUACACAUCUUGCAUUAAAAAAACGUUUCGAAAGUAUUUCAAAUCGUAUAGUAAAGUGGCAUUAUUUUGAAUCGACUGAUCAAUUCAAUGAAUUCAUUGAUGGAAAUCCUAAUGUGAAACUUGUUGCUAUUAUGUCUGGUCAUCUUGCUCGAUGUCUUGUUUCACUUGUAUCUGAUCGAGAUACUUUACAUAGUGUUUAUAUAUUUUGUGGUAAUAAGGAAAAAUACAAAUCAAAAUUUAUAGAUGAAAAAAAAGUGAAAGGAAUAUUCGAUACAGAAGAUGAUUUAUACAGACAAAUGCAAAUUGAUUUGAAGAAAGAGUUUCCCUAG